UAGUUGUUUUAAAACAAAUUUGUUUUGUGUUUAAAAAAUAUGGGAAAGGAAAUGGAGCCACCAAAGUUCCAUGCUUUUAUGUUCCCAUGGUUUGCUUUUGGUCAUAUGAUUCCGUUUCUACAUCUUGCAAACAAACUAGCUGAGAAAGGUCACCGGGUCACAUUCUUGGUACCCAAGAAAGCUCAAAAACAGUUGGAACAUCACAACAUGUUCCCGGACAGUAUUGUCUUUCACCCUCUCACGGUACCUCAUGUCAAUGGUCUCCCUGUUGGUGCCGAGACAACCUCGGAUAUCUCAAUCUCGGUGGACAACUUCUUGUCUGAAGCCUUGGAUCUCACUCGCGAUCAGGUUGAAGCUGCGGUUCGUGCUUUGAAACCGGAUUUGAUCUUCUUCGAUUUUGCUCGCUGGAUUCCAGAAUUAGCUAGAGAGCAUAAGAUCAAGAGUGUGAGUUACAUGAUAGCAUCUGCUACUUCCGUAGCUCAUAUACAUGCCCCUGGUGGUCCAUUAGGUAUUUCCCCACCGAGUUAUCCUUCAUCGAAGGUGUUCUUUCGUGGGAAUGAUGCUCAUACCAUGACGGCCUUCUACAAGAGAGUUUGUCAUCAGCUCACUACUGGUUUUAAGAGCUGUGAUGUCAUUGCAUUGAGAACAUGCAAAGAAAUUGAAGGUAAAUUUUGCGAUUAUAUAUCUAGUCUAUACCAUAAGAAGGUUCUCUUGACCGGUCCAAUGCUUCCUGAGCCAGACACAAGUAAACCACUAGAAGAACAGUACUGGAGCCAAUUUCUUAGCGGGUUCCCACAUGGGUCAGUAGUGUUUUGUGCAUUUGGCAGACAAACUGUUCUUGAGAAGGAUCAGUUCCAAGAACUCUGCCUAGGGAUGGAGAUGACAGGUUUACCCUUUCUUUUAGCAGUAAAUCGACCGAGAGGAUCGUCAACGGUCCAAGAAGGGUUACCAGAAGGGUUCGAGGAGCGCGUGAAGGGGCGUGGUCUAGUUUUGGAAGGAUGGGUGCAUCAUACUUUGAUAUUGUCUCAUCCAUCAGUAGGUUGCUUUGUGAACCAUUGCGGUCCGGGAGCAAUAUGGGAGUGUCUGAUGAGUGAUUGUCAAAUUGUUUUAGUUCCAAUUCUAAAUGAUCAAGUUCUCUUCACAAGAUUGAUGACCGAGGAGUUAGAGAUCUCCGUAGAAGUGUUAAGGGAAAAAACAGGAUGGUUUACAAAGGAGAGCCUAAGGGAUGCGAUCAAGUCUGUGAUGGAUAAAGAGAGUGACCUUGGGAAGCUAGUGAGGAGUAACCAUGCUAAACUGAAGGAGGUUCUUGGUAGUCCUGGACUAUUGGAUGGUUACGUGGAUAACUUUGUUGAGGCAUUGUCUGAUUUGAUCAAUGUCAAGAAGAUCUAAAAUUAUACGUUCCU